AUGGCAGGAUCGAGCAAAGACAAUGGCUAUGCUAGUGGGUUAGGCUAUUCAUUCUUCAAGCAUCCAGGGUACGUUAUGGAUGGAGUUGUGGCCAUUGGUGCUUUAUUUAUGGAAGCCUUUGUGGAGAGGAAAGGUGGUGGUUUAUUGGUUGUAGUGAGUUUAUGGCGUGUCAUUAGAGUUGUGGAGAGUGUCUUUGAGUUAAGUGAUGAGGCCAUUGAAGCUCAGAUUGCAGGGAUAAUUUGCCAGUUUGAGGCACUCAAAGAAGAGAAUAUGAGGCUCUUAGAAAUAAUACAUGAGAAGGAGAAGACAAUUGAAAAGCUCAAAGAGGAUUUAGAUAAAUGUAGAGAUGGAAGCCCUUAA